AUAUAUGAACCUUGCCUCCUGCUUUCCCUUCUUCCUCUUUACCAGCCACGCUAUAAACGCGGCGCAGAGAUAGUUGAGUAACCAUUUCGUGCUCAAACCUAUCCAUAAUAGUCGAGUCUCUGUGUGAGAGAGAGAGGGAGAGAGAGCACUGCAAUGGAAGAACGACAGCCCAAGCGAGCAAAAUUCACUGAAGCUUCGAGUUCGUCCACCUCUGUGAUUGGAAACAAUUACUACGUAUUCCUGAGCUUUAGAGGUCUUGAUACUCGGAAUGGCUUCGUCGACCACCUCUACCAUAAACUUGUAGACGUGGGCCUGCCGUUCCAUCCAAACUUUGUGUUCAGAGAUGAUGAGAAACUCCCCUUCGGCGAGGACAUUGCUACAAAUCUUAUCAGUGCAAUCGAGCAAUCUAAGGUUUCAAUCCCAGUCAUCUCAGAAAACUAUGCUACUAGCGAAUGGUGCCUUCGCGAGCUUAUUCACAUAAUGAAGUGCCAGAAGAAAGGACAAAAAGUCUUGACCGUGUUUUACAAGGUGAAACCCUCUGAGGUUCGAGAGGUUCGCACCUCAGACGGGGCCUUUGGAAAGGCCUUCAGAUCCAGUAUGCAUCUUUUUAAGGAUGAUGUCAAGGAAGAAGGGCCAGAAGCGCUCAGAGAAGCAGCUGCUUCUAGAAUAUUCGAAUCAGACAAAUUUGCUAGUGGGCACGAAGGGGAAUUAGUAAAAGAACUCGUACGAGUAAUAAUGGAUGAGCAGCAACAUGAUUUCCUACCACCUCUUCCUGGGAACUUGGUUGGAAUUGAUGAUCGCGUGGCUCAGGUAAUGAAAUUGGCGGAUACCAAUCCUUCCGAAACUCGAAUUAUUGGGAUUUGUGGGAUUGGCGGCAUUGGUAAGACAACUUUGGCCACAAACAUCUAUAAUAAGCUUUCUAAGAAAUUUGAGUGCCGCAGCUUUCUUAGGGAUAUUAGAGAAACAAUUAAUCGCAAGGGUAUGGAGCAUGUCCAACAUCUACUGAUCUCAGAUAUAACACAAAAUCUUCCCGGUGGAGUACGUGAUUCUGUGAGAGGGAUUAGAGGUAUCCAAUUAAGUUGUGAAAAUAAGGAGGUACUCAUUUUUCUUGAUGAUGUCGGUCAUCGAGACCACAUAGAUAAAUUGAUUGGAGGUUGUAAGUUUAAGCCGGGAAGUAGGAUCAUUAUUACGUGUCGAGAUAAGGCCCUCUUAAAGUCUGAAUAUGAAAGGUAUGAACUCGAACACAUGAAUUUCAAAGACUCUAUGCUUUUGUUUAGCUCGUAUGCAUUUGGAGCGAAACAACCUCCAACAAAACUCGCGAAUCUUUCUAGUGACAUUGUUGCCACCACGGGAGGGCUUCCUUUAGCUCUCGAGAUUACAGGUUCGCUUCUCAAAGGAAAACCUGAAAACAUAUGGAUAGAGACGCUGGAGAAAUUGAAGAAGGUGCCUAAUAAGGAUGUACAAAAAGUGUUGAGGAUAACUUACGAUUCAUUGAAAUACGAGGAACAACAAAUGUUUCUAGACAUAGCAUGCUUUUUCAUUGGAAUUGACAAAAGAAUUGCCAUCUACCUGUGGAAUGAUAUCCUAUCGUGCCAAGAUUCUGGACUGGACAGACUGACUCAACUUUCGUUAAUAAAAUUUGAUGACGUUGAUAAGUUGAGAAUGCACGACCAUUUAAGUGAUCUAGGCAGAGCUAUUGCCUGUCCGGCAAAUAAGAAGCCUUGGGAAUGUAGCAGACUAUGGGGCGAGGAAGCCAUAACAGUUCAACGAAGCAAGGAAGAAAAUAGAAAUAUUGAGGCACUACGUCUCGACAGAAAUGGCUCAAUCAUGUUCAUGGGGCGAAAGAGCUUCAAAAGAAUGCCUUACCUGAAGUUCCUUCAUCUGAGUAAAGUGCGUUUUGUUGGAGAUUUUAAGGAUUCACUUUCUGAAUUAAGAUGGCUAGAGUGGGAGAAGUGUCCUUGCUCUUUCAAGGCGACUAAUGUUCAUUUGGAGAAAUUACUCAUACUUGAUUUAUCGGAUGGUAAUAUUAGUGAAAAUUGGGAAGGAUGGCGUUCAAUCAAGAUGGAGAGGUUGAAAGUUCUCAAUCUUUCUGGGUGCAAUGCUUUGAAGAGAACUCCUGAUCUCUCUAAGUUUAAAAGUUUAGAGAUGCUAAUCCUGGAAUCUUGUGUGAAUUUGGAGAAAAUCGACCCUUCGAUCGGAGAUGUUGAGUGCCUCGCUUCCUUGAACUUGAGUAAUUGUCGGAGUCUCAAGAAGUUGCCCUCACGACUGGGUCAACUGAAGGGCCUCGUUUCUUUAAACUUGUCAUCAUGUUCGGGACUCAAGAAGUUGCCCUCACGACUGGGUGAACUGAAGGGCCUCGUUUCUUUAAACUUGUCAUCAUGUUUGGGACUCAAGGAGUUGCCCUCACAAGUGGGUGAACUGAAGGGCCUCGUUUCUUUAGACUUGUCAUCAUGUUCGGGACUCCAAGAGCUGCCCUCACAACUGGGUGAACUGAAGGGCCUCGUUUCUUUAAAGUUGUCAUCAUGUGGGGGACUCCAAGAGCUACCCAAAGAAAUAGGCAAAUUGGAAAAACUGAAGGAACUUGCAAUAGACGGUGUUAAAAUAAAAGAAAUUCCUUCAUCAAUAGGUUUUUUGAAGGAGCUGGAGAUACUUGAUGCCCUAGGCUGCGAAUCAUUGGUUGGACUUCCCGACUCAAUUGGCCAACUGGAAAAUUUGUCGACCCUUGACUUGAGAUUUUGCGACAAAUUUGAAGGAUUUCCCGAGAGUAUAGGAUCUCUUGUGAAAUUACAGCGCCUGUUGCUAGGCAAUAUACCUCCUCCAUCUCUACAAGGGCAUAUGAACAGUUGGGAUUAUAGUGAUGAUUUUUGUUUCGAUCGUAUUCCCCCUUCAAUUGGGAAGUUAGAAUCGUUGACUGAACUGCAUUUGACAUGUGCAAAAAUUUCGAAAUUACCUAAAUCCAUUGGGAAAUUAAAAAAAUUGAAAAUUUUGAAAAUUUCUAGGUGUGCGAAAUUGAGUAGUUUACCUCGUACUAUUAGCGAGUUGGGUGAACUUGAAGAAUUGGAGGCCACAGAGUGCCAUAGUUUGGGAGGGGAAGUUCCUAUAAAUGGGUUGUCUUCACUGAAGAUCCUUCGACUUGGGAAGAUUUCCGAUGACGAAUAUUUGUUUGCCAAACACUUAUCUUCUCGACAACACCUUGAUUUAACUAAAUGCGAUCUUCCUGCCAGCUUAACUGUUUUGGAAGUCACCUGUCACAAUCGCACAUUGCCUAAACUUUCUCACUUAAUCCAUCUAGGAGAGCUCAAUUUGCAGCUUUGCGAAUAUCUGGAAUCCAUCCCAGAGCUUCCUUUAGGAAUCUUGAGCCUUUGCAUCUUCUGGUGUGGUAAGUUGAAAAUGUUGCCAGAUUUGUCGAGUUUGGUACUCUUGUUAGAAUUACGUAUCCUAGGGUGCAGUGAGCUCAAAGAAAUCAGGGGUUUGGAACGAUUAAAAUCUUUAAGAGAACUAUCUAUACAUGAAUGCAAGAAGUUGUCCGAUCUCAAGUUCCUUGAACAGCUGGAGUUUUUGAGAGACUUGGAAAUGGUACAGUUUGAUGCUCCACAAAUGAAUGAUGAUCUAUCCCAAGUUUAA